AUGUCAUCCCCAACUUCCCCAACAGGAAGCACACUUUCUUCCCGCCGGGGCUCCCACAAAUCGCUCUCCCUCGACUUCUCCAACCUCCCCCCUCUCAUCCAACCCACACCCCCCUCCAACACCCUCCUCAUAACCAACCUAAAAGAUACCGAGAUAUUCCGCGCCGACAACCUCCAAACCAUCCGCUCCCUAAUCAACACCUCCGCCCCUAUCCACUCCUUCGUACCCCUCAAAUCUUUCUCCCGGAUAAUCGUCUCCUUCUUCGACGACGACUCCGCCAUCCGCAUCCGGCAGAUCCUCGACCACGAAGAAAUCAUGGGCGAACAAGUGCGCGUGUACUUCGGCCAACCCACAUCCAUCUCCCCAAAAGACACACACCUGAAUCUCCCCGACGCCGGAAAAUUAUUCUUCAUCUCCCCUCCCCCUUCACCGCCACACGGCUGGGAAAUGAAAAUGGAAGAUGCACCCAACAAGCAAGUGCACGCGGAGGAUUUAGCCGAAGCCCUUGCGAAACUGCAUCACAGACCUGCGACAGAUUUACCCGCGUCGCCCAUGAGUGACAAUGGCGAGACGACUUCGUCGUCACUGAAGAAUGGAAGAGGCAGAAGUUCGAGCACGACAACCAUAUAUGAUCCCCAGGCUCACGGAUUCAGUCCCAAUCUCCCCGCGAUAGCGGUGGAGGAUACGACGGGAGACGAUUGGGGCAUGAGUCCAUUGGAGACAGAUAAAAAGCCAAUCUUUGCGCAUACGUCGCGGCCGCCGGUGGAGUUGAUGGAGUGUUAG